AUGGACUUUAAACACUCAACGGCAGGAUAUUUUUCAAAGAGGGAAGGAAUCCUUUCUCCUGAUGAUAAGCUACUACUACUUCUAUGUGAUAAAGUAGUGAAAGUUUAUAACAGAGAAAGUGGGAAAUAUAUCGAGAGUAUUACCGGACAUACGAAAGAAAUUACAUCCUGUAUUUUCCACCCACAAGAUAGUAAUUUUUUAAUAACUUCUUCUCUUGACAGUAGAAUUGGGUUCUGGGAUUUUCAACACGGAGUCUACACAUUUAUUGAAGUGCCGGGCCCUAUUGAGUCUAUGUCUUGUCCCGAAGGCUCUACAAGAAACGAUUUGAUAUUCUUUUCAACGCAAAAGCAAGGUGGAGGAGGCAGAGUUUGGGCACUCUCAAUCACAAAGAGGAAGAUAAUAGAAAAGGUAUUGAAGGCUGCACGAGCGCCAAAGUUAGUAUGUAGCCCUAAUGGUGCAUUACAAUGUGCAUUUGAGCGUAGCUCUUUAAUUCUAUGGUAUGUUUUUAAAGGGAAGCAAAACAGCAGAGUUUCGGAUUUUAUUCGUAUAAGUCAUUCCAAAACUGUAACCUCUGUUGCAAUAUGUCCAAAUGAGAAAAUUGUUGCAGUUGGGGAUACUACAGGACGAAUUACUUGCUACUAUGGAUUGACGAUAAGAAAAGAUGGGGGUUUUGUUCCCCAUAAAAAUUUAAGAAAAACUGGAAGUGGAGAAAUUAGAGAAGACUUUCCUCACAAUACACUUCACUGGCAUUCUACGGCUAUCGUUGCUUUAAAAUUUACACUGGAUGGGGUGAGCUUAUUGUCAUGCGCAAGUGAAGAAGUUUUUGUCGUUUGGUCCAUCUCAGAAGGUCGAAAAUCCUUUUUACCUCGAAUAGGUACAUCAAUAUCUACUAUAAUUCGUCUGAACACGGAUGUAUCCCAGUUUGUUCUUUGUGGUGUAGAUAACUCAGCAUAUCUUCUGAGUUUGCCAAAUUUGAGUCUAGAAGAAAUACUAAGAGGUAUAACAAACGAUACUUAUAAUAGGAGCUGUCGCAGUGUUCGCUCUAUAAAUGCUAUGUAUGCUAUCCCUUUUCAGCAGGAAAAUUUAUUGAUGGUAAAUACAGGCUCUGUAAUUCAAGUUUUUGACUAUAAAGCUGAUAAGCACAUAACUUGUUUAGAAAUAACUGGCGAAGUAUUCAAAGGUGCAGAUGAUAGCCCUGCAACAACUUUUAAAUACAGAGUUACCAUCGCGAGUUUUUCUGAAGAUGGCAUGAUAUUAUUCACAGUGGAUAGUAAAAACAAGAUUGGUACUAGUAUCAAUAGCAUCGAGACACUCAAAGUAUGGGAGCAAAUUACAAUGAAAAGACAUGUAUGUUAUCAGUUAGUUGGCUGCUGUGAAUCUCCACACCAGCCUGCGAUACGUACUAUAGGCAUUAGUAAAUAUCGUGGUUCCUACCGAGCAUUUACUGCUGGUAAGGACAGUAUCAAAUUGUGGUCAAAAAAAAGUGGAACUUCCAGUUCAUGGAGCUGUGAAACAACAAGUAAAUAUUUCAAUGAGCAAGUAGUAGAAGUUGGAGCAUUUAGUCAAGAUAGCUCAAUGCUUUUGACUUCCUCAUCAAAUAUCUGCAUAUGGUGUGCCGAAAAACUUGACAAGAUUACCGUAUUUUCGGACUCGACUUUUUCUGGGAAGAUUAAUUCCCUUGCCACUGUUGGAAGCUUUUUUUUAUGUGCAUCACUUACUAGUAUUACAGGUUGGGACAUUCUAACUUUCAAACAGAGUUUUGUUUUUAGCGUCAAGUGUGAAGAGCUAAAGAUUGAUAGACAUAGUAAACUUUUUUUAGCACAAAUACAUAUUGAAAGUAUUGAAAGAGUGCUAAAUAAGGAGAAGCGAAGUGCAGGGAUAGUUAUGAUAUGUGAUUACAAUCGAAUUUCUCCUGAUCACUUAACAGUGAUGGAGCCGAGUUCAGAAUUAAUUAUGCUUCCGACGUCAUCAAAAAUCGACAAAAGAAAUGUUCCUAACACGAUAAUUGCAACAGCAGACUCCAGAAUUCUCGAGCGAGAGGCUCCACUAGUGCGCGUUAAAGGGAUAAUGAGUUCUGUUCAUAAUCAUAUGGAUUCACUUCAAAAUGACAAAGCUGAGAUCGUUCUAAACAGUACUUUAUUGAUUCGUGGUUCUUCAAGUUGCUUUACGCACAUAGCAUCCUUUCAAUUGCCACGAAUAUCUCUCAUGUGUGGUGCUUUCAUCGAUGGAUUGGUUAAGUCAUAA